CUUAAAGAGAUACCCAGACGUGCUGUAGCACUAGUGGAGGAGCAGAGCCUGCAGGACACACUGCAAGAGAAGCUGCUGCCCCCAUCUCUGCAGCACCGAGCAUUUCACAAGACACCCUGACAGCAGCACCCAAUACGUGGUUAUUGCACAGCACCAGGGACAGAGGCAUCGCCCAUAGACACAUCCUCCUCCUCCCUAAGGCUGACAGCAUCCAGAUGAAUCCAUCUACCCGGCAGGACCAGGCAGCCAGCCCCUUCACACCUGCAUCGUAUCUCAUCUUAUCUCCUCAUCUCUAAGGAGACCGUCAUCCCAUCUGCCAACGUUCCAUGCUAGAAUCCUGUGAUUAAACAAACCCACUAAGCCCUCUCCCAGGAGCCCUCAGCUGCCUACACCCCAUCUGAUUAGGGGAUCACUUGUAUUUACAGGGCACUAACAGAAAAAAAGCCUCUCUAAAGCUCAUUGCUUCUUGUGGCAUCCAUCACCAAUUCCCCCAUCAUGGCUGAAAACAAUGAAUGCAGCAUCAAGGUCCUGUGUCGCUUUCGCCCAUUGAAUUCAGCAGAGGUGACCAGAGGGGACAAAUUCAUCCCUGUGUUCCAAGGAGAUGACUCUGUGAUUGUUGGGGGGAAACCUUAUGUAUUUGACCGGGUAUUUCCUCCAAAUACAACACAGGAGCAAGUUUAUCAUGCGUGCGCCAUGCAAAUUGUUAAAGAUGUCCUGGCUGGGUAUAACGGAACAAUCUUUGCCUAUGGACAAACUGCCUCCGGGAAGACACACACUAUGGAGGGGAAGCUUCAUGAUCCACACUUGAUGGGAAUAAUUCCGAGGAUAGCCAGAGACAUCUUCAAUCACAUCUACUCCAUGGAUGAGAACCUGGAAUUUCACAUCAAGGUUUCCUAUUUUGAGAUUUACUUGGAUAAAAUCAGAGAUCUUCUUGAUGUGUCUAAAACAAACCUCUCGGUGCAUGAAGAUAAAAACCGUGUUCCAUUUGUCAAGGGCUGCACCGAGCGCUUUGUGUCCAGUCCUGAGGAGAUCCUGGAUGUCAUUGAUGAAGGGAAGUCCAAUCGUCAUGUGGCCGUGACAAACAUGAAUGAGCACAGUUCUCGUAGCCACAGCAUCUUCCUCAUCAACAUCAAACAGGAGAAUGUGGAGACAGAGCUGAAAUUGAGUGGCAAGUUGUACCUGGUGGAUCUGGCUGGCAGUGAAAAGGUCAGUAAGACUGGAGCUGAAGGAGCUGUUUUGGAUGAAGCCAAGAACAUUAACAAGUCUCUGUCUGCCCUGGGGAAUGUCAUCUCUUCACUGGCUGAUGGAUCGAAAGGAUAUGUGCCCUACAGAGAUAGUAAGAUGACCCGUAUCCUUCAGGAUUCCCUGGGUGGGAAUUGUAGGACAACUAUGUUCAUUUGCUGUUCUCCAUCUAGCUACAAUGAUGCAGAGACCAAGUCAACACUGAUGUUUGGCCAGAGGGCAAAGACCAUCAAGAACACAGCAUCUGUCAACCUGGAGUUGACAGCAGAACAAUGGAAGAAGAAGUAUGAAAAGGAAAAAGAGAAGAACAAGACAAUGAAGGAGACCAUUCAAAAGCUGGAGGCAGAGCUCAGCCGCUGGAGGAGCGGUAAGGAGGAACCCAUGACUGGUGAAAAUGUUCCUGAAAUCGAGCAACUGAGUGAUGGAGAGCAGCUCACCCAGGAUACCUGUGAUGAAACUCCUGUUAAUGAUAACAACUCUUCUAUUGUCAUUCGGAUCUCAGAAGAAGAAAGAAGGAAAUAUGAGGAGGAGAUACGAAAAAUGUACAAGCAACUUGAUGACAAGGACGAUGAGAUCAACCAGCAGAGCCAGCUUGUUGAGAAGCUCAAACAACAGAUGCUGGAUCAAGAGGAGCUUCUAAUAUCCACUCGGGGUGACAAUGACAAGGUUCAGUUAGAACUGAGCCGCCUUCAGUCAGAGAAUGACUGUGCCAAAGAAGAAGUGAAGGAAGUCCUGCAGGCUCUCGAAGAGCUGGCUGUCAACUAUGAUCAGAAGUCCCAGGAAGUCGAAGAUAAGACCGUGCAGAAUAAAAUUCUGUCUGAUGAGCUCUCUCAGAAAGUGGCUACUCUGCUGUCCCUGGAAAAUGAUCUGCAUCGACUACAGGAGUUCAGUGCUCAUCAACGCAAGAGAAUUGCCGAUGUGCUUAAUGGACUCAUGAAAGACCUUAGUGAGUUCAGUGUUAUUGUCGGCAAUGGAGAGUUUAAACUGCCUGUGGAGAUCAGUGGUGCCAUAGAAGAAGAAUUUACGGUAGCGCGCUUGUACAUCAGUAAGAUCAAAUCUGAGGUGAAGUCAGUCGUGAAGCGGUGUCGGCAGCUGGAGAACCUGCAGGUGGAGUGUCACCGCAAAAUGGAGGUCACUGGACGGGAGUUGUCCUCCUGCCAGCUGCUUAUAUCCCAGCAUGAAGCUAAGAUCCGCUCACUGACAGAGUACAUGCAUAGCGUGGAGAUGAAGAAACGGCAGCUAGAGGAUUCUUACGAUACACUGAGCGAGGAGCUGGCCAAGAUGCAGGCUCAAGACAAUGUGACUGAAGUAACAACAAAGGAUAAAGAACAAGAUGCAAUGGAUGCUCACGAGGUCAAGAAGGUUCUGGAGAUGCAGAUGGAAAGCCACCGUGAAGCCCAUCAUAAACAGCUGGCCCGUCUCCGAGAUGAGAUUAAUGAGAAGCAGAAGAUCAUUGAUGAGCUAAAAGAUCUAAACCAGAAGCUGCAGUUGGAGCUUGAGAAGUUGCGUGCUGAUUAUGAGAAGCUGAAGAGUGAGGAGCACGAGAAGAACAUUAAGCUGCAGGAGCUGACAUUUCUGUACGAGAAGCACGAACAGUCCAAGCAGGAUCUCAAAGGGCUGGAGGAGACCGUUGCUCGUGAACUCCAGACCCUCCACAAUCUUCGGAAGCUUUUUGUUCAAGACGUCACAUCUCGAGUCAAGAAAAGUGCUGAGAUGGAACCCGAGGAUAGUGGGGGGAUUCAUUCCCAGAAACAGAAGAUUUCCUUUCUUGAGAACAACCUGGAGCAACUUACAAAGGUUCACAAACAGCUGGAUGACUGGGUAUCGAAGCUGGUUCGUGACAAUGCAGAUCUUCGUUGUGAGCUUCCUAAACUGGAAAAACGUCUUCGGGCUACAGCUGAGAGAGUUAAGGCCCUGGAGGGUGCACUGAAGGAGGCCAAAGAAGGUGCUAUGAAAGACAAGAGAAGAUAUCAGCAGGAAGUGGAUCGGAUUAAGGAGGCUGUGCGCUACAAGAACACAGUGAGACGCACGCACACUGCACAGAUUGCAAAGCCCAUCCGACCUGGACAUUACCCUGCAUCCUCUCCUACCAAUCACUAUGGCGUCCGUAAUUCUGAUUCAGUUAGCUACACAAACAACCUCUUUCAGAACUACCAAAAUAUUUACAUGAGGCCAUCCAGUCCUACCAAUGAAACAUUCUUUGCCAACCCAUGUACCACCUCACAGAGCAGUUCUUCCAGCAGCAGCUUGCUUCCAUACCAGAAGAUGAAUGUGGAUAAUGGCAAUGCUACAGACAUCAAUGACAACAGAAGUGAUUUGCCAUGUGGCUGUGAAGCUGAUGAUCAGUCUAAGUUGUUCCCGCUCCAUCAGGAGACAGCAGCAAGCUAAUAACAGCUUGCUAAUAUUGCCUCUCACCUGCACUUUCAGUUUCCAGUGGGACUGAAGCUUACUCCCAGCAUGCUGCAAUCUAGCUUUUUGUGGCCUCUGCUGCCAAACAUUAUCCUUCCUGUAUGACUCUUGCUCAAUGUCUUUCUACCGUGCUCUGUUACUGUACUGUAUAUUACCAGCUGCUAAUGUUUAUUCUAUACCUUUGCAAUGCACUCGAUUAUGUAUCCACUUGUGUUUCAACUCUAUCCUCUAGAAGUUCCUAAUCGUAUAUCUGUCUAAUCACACACUGUUAUUUCCAUGGGGUUAGUUAUGUAUCACCAGACAAGUGGAAUAAAAGGUGAUGAAAUAAAGGAAUGUUGUUACUUCCACUCAAUGUUCUUGAUGGUCUAUUGAAGCUUCUUAGAUUUGACAUGAUUCGUUUAUUUAACCCUUCGAAUGCCAGGAGGCCUGUCCUGAUAGGAUUAACUAAGUUGAUUGCACUGGCCAGGUUUAUUAUUUUUUUGUGUUUGCUCCAUCUGAUCAUAUCUACAAUAGAAUAAAAUGUUUGAUUUUUUUUUUUAUAUUGAAAGAAUAAUCAGGGCAAUUAUUUACAAUAAAAUUACUUGAACUGUA